AUGACUUCAAACAAAAUGUCCUCAAAAUUCACCACCAACCUCCCUUUCUUGACCUUCAUCUUCAUCCUCUUCUUCUCUGCAUGUCUCUCCGAUGACUCCCCGGCAACACCGGUGAACGCCGGAGCAGCAUGCAACUUAGCACCAGACCCAUCUUUUUGCAAACAAGUCCUCCCUCCAAACAAAACUGACUCCAUUUACAACUACAGCAGGUUCUCCUUUGCUAAAUCCUUAUUGAAUGCUCGGAAAUUUGCCGACUUGAUAAACCGAUACCUUUCCCGUCCGAAAACCUUAACAUCAGCAGCUCUCCAAGCUCUCAGAGAUUGCCAGUUUCUCUGCAACCUAAACAUUGAGUUCUUGAUUGCUUCUAGCAAUGUAGUGAACUCCACCACCAACUUGCUUGACCCUCAAACUGAGCUAAUCCAUACCCUUUUAAGUGCUCUACUUACAAACCAACAAACUUGCUUAGAGAGUCUUCAAUCCAGUGCACAAGCAUGGAGCACUAAGAAUGGCAUCACUUCUCCUCUCUUCAAUGGAUCAAAGCUUUACAGUGUCUCACUUGCAUUGUUUACUAAAGCUUGGGUUCCAAACAAGAAGAUAAAGAGCUCCAAGAAUAGCUUUGUGUCAAUGAGAGUGCCUCAAGUUAAGGACAAGAAGAAGAGGAAGCCUCCUCAUCAUGGAUCAAGAAGCUUGUUAUUCCAUGAAGUAGAUCUCAAUGGAGAUUCCGGCUUGCCUUUGAAGAUGUCCGAUGAGAAAAGGCGUGCUUUCGGUCGGCGGAAGCUUCUCAAUGACUCAUCGGAUCCGGUCUUGGUGGCUGAUUAUGUGGUGGUGAGCCAAGAUGGGUCAGGGAACUUCACCAACAUCACUGAUGCUAUUAAUUCUGCUCCUAAUAACAAUAAUGGCAGUAAUGGAUACUUCUUGAUUUAUGUCACUGGAGGAGUUUAUGAGGAGUAUGUCAAUGUUCCAAGUAAGAAGAUGUAUAUUAUGAUGAUCGGAGAUGGCAUCAAUCAAACAGUAAUUACCGGCAAUCGUAGUGUUGGAGAUGGAUGGACAACUUUCAAUUCAGCAACAUUCAUUGUCACCGGGCAGGGAUUUGUAGGAAUAAGCUUAUCGAUCAGAAACACGGCCGGAGCGGUGAAGGGUCAAGCAGUGGCGCUGCGGAAUGGUGCCGAUCUAUCGACAUUUUAUGAUUGCAGUAUUGAAGGGUAUCAAGAUACAUUGUACACACACUCGUUGAGACAGUUUUAUCGAGAAUGUGAUGUGUAUGGAACCGUAGAUUUCAUAUUCGGCAACGCUGCAGUUGUUUUUCAAAACUGUAAUAUCUACUCAAGGGUUCCAAUUCAUGGGCAAAGCAACACAAUCACGGCGCAAGGUCGAACGGAUCCUAAUCAGAACACGGGGACCUCGAUGCAAAACUGUAGCUUGCUUGCCGGAGCAGACUUGGCGGCAAACCCCGGGGCGGCUAUUACUUACCUUGGAAGGCCAUGGAAGAUGUAUUCAAGGACAGUGAUAAUGCAGUCAUUCAUGGAUAGUUUGAUUGAUCCAACAGGGUGGUUGGCGUGGAAUGGAACAUUUGCAAUUGAUACAUUGUAUUAUGGGGAGUAUGUUAACAGGGGACCAGGAAGUGAUACAAGCAAUAGAGUUAAUUGGUCUGGAGUUCAUCCUGUUAUGAAUAGAACUGAUGCUGCUAACUACACUGUCAGUAAUUUCUUGCUUGGUGAUAAUUGGUUGCCUCCAACUGGUGUGCCUUAUUACAGUGGUUUACUUUGA